AUGACCGGACGAGGAAAAGGUAAAGCCCAGGGCACCAAGUCAAAGACUCGUUCUUCCAGGGCAGGUCUACAGUUUCCUGUUGGUCGCAUCCAUCGCCUUCUUCGUAAAGGCAACUACGCUGAACGCGUCGGAGCCGGUGCUCCCGUGUACUUGGCUGCCGUACUUGAGUAUCUGAGUGCUGAGAUCCUCGAGUUAGCAGGAAACGCAGCACGCGACAACAAGAAGUCAAGAAUCAUUCCUCGUCACCUCCAGUUGGCUGUGCGAAAUGACGAAGAAUUAAACAAACUCCUUGCCGGUGUCACCAUCGCUCAAGGCGGUGUUCUUCCCAACAUUCAGGCAGUAUUACUACCUAAAAAGACAGAGAAGAAACAACACUAAGCGACGGCAACAACCAUAAAUACAAACGGCUCUUUUAGGAGCCACCAAGUCUAGAAUAAAGUCAUGACCAAUCACGAUAUAAAUUUGUAAUCUACCCCCCAAAUAGUAUUCGCCGUCUAAGUUUGGGGUUAAUAACUCGAUCGAUACUUAGCCACAAAUAAUUAUGUCUCGCGGAAACUCGCUAUUUCUAUUUGUUUUUGCAUGGUUCCAUGUUGCUAGUUUUGUUCAUAAAUGCGUAUACCAAAGCAUAUUUAGCGCUAUUUCGGCUAUCGCAUGUAAGAAACAAACAACAGCAACCACAGCAUUGCUUGAAAACUGAAACCAGUCUUAGGUCAGUUUAGCUCGGUGUAACAUGAAUUUAAAGACUGAUGUGAUUAUAUCAUGAAAGUUGAAAUUGCGUUUGCUUUCUAUGCAGGUUUCAUUCGCGCUGUUUCCAACAGGUUUUUAUACGAACUUCGAGGUACAUACCAAGCGACAAUCGAACAACUUUCUGCUCUUUUUAAACGAGUACACAAUUAAUCGCAUUCCUACCAACCGGGAACAAACAUUGCUGCUACUACUGAGCUUGAAAUGUUGUUUUCUUUGCCUAAAAAUUACAAGAGAUCGUCGUGAUUUCCUUCGGUACACAAGCUGUUUACGUAAAAUAAACUAACACAGUUAUAAACCGUCGUCGGUAACGACACAAACCAGCUUGCUCUCUUAAUUCUGCCACAACAACAACGUACAACAACAGUUUAUUCACUAACUAAUUAAAGACAAAAGCUUUACAGUAUUGUAUGCCCCGCAAAGAGCUAUGAGGUUAAUCUAGACGGGAAAAAAUAAUUUCCCUGUAUAAGUAACGACUGCGCUGCUGUAAAGUCACUAAAAAGAAAAAAACUGGCGUGGACGCACCCAGUAAAUAAAAGCGCUGAAUCGAUUUCAGGUGUAUGUUGACUUGUUGAUAUGUAUAUAAACCUUCAGCAAUGAUCGUAAUGAAAACAAAUUCUCUUAUCACGUAUUGGUCAGAGCUUUUCAUACAUUUGUUGGCUCCUAAAAGAGCCGUUGGUUUAAGUGUUGAUCAGGGAUUACAGUGUAUUCUAACCCCCAAAACCGUACAGAGUACGUCCUUGUCGUUUCAGAGCGUAUACUACGUCCAUGGCUGUAACGGUCUUACGCUUGGCGUGCUCGGUGUAGGUCACGGCAUCGCGGAUAACGUUCUCAAGGAAAACUUUCAGAACACCGCGUGUCUCCUCGUAGAUCAGUCCAGAAAUUCGCUUUACACCCCCACGGCGAGCGAGACGACGGAUCGCUGGCUUGGUAAUUCCUUGAUAUUAUCGCGUAGAAUCUUACGAUGA